CGAAGCAACAACUUAGUUUCAAUACAGCUGGCAAUAGCUGAUGGUUGUGUCCUAUUGAACUUGUUAAAAUUUUUAAAUUAAUUGGUGACACUUCCUUGUAUCUGUGAUAAAUUAUCAAGAUGAAUAUGUCUGUGGAGAAGAAGAAAUAUCCGUCGGCUUUACCAACAAAUUGGCCGACCAGAGAGGAGGCAUUAAGGAAAACUCAGAAUCAACUGACAUCCACUGGAAAGGUUGACGUUUAUUACUACAGUCGAGGAGUCAGAAAUGAUGCAUCGUUAGUUCCUCCUAUCAGACAAACUGCAUCUAUUUUUAAACAACCUGUAACUAUUUACAAGACACAAAAAGACAAAGUUAAGGAUAUCAAGCAUGGAAAUCAAGAAAAGCCUAAGCAGGAAGGAGCUGAAAAAAGUGACAACAAACACGGUUCCCAAGAUAAACCUAAGCAGCUUUUCUGGGAGAAACGUUUGGAAGGUUUAAGGGCUUGCGACCCAGACGGCUACGAGUUCGACGGCAUGGAUUUACCAAAGACCUUGAAACCCGUAGGGCCCUACAUCACUGAAGAGACGUUAUUGCAAAGCGUUGCAACAGCACUUCAUGUAUCUUCCCAACCAGUAACCGGACAGAUGGGCUCGAAAACCGCCCUUGAAAAGAACCCCGGUGUCUUUCUCAAUCCGGAUCAACCCUUAGUUCAGGCUGUUUGCAUAGCGGACGAAGACAUUAAGAGACAGGAGGAUCGCGUCGCCGUAGCCAGGAAAAAACUUCAGGAUGCAUUAAGGGCUAUUUCUGCUUAGACAUUACUUUUCCUAACAGAAUCAUCUUCUUAAACCCUCCUAGUCUUUAAGCACCUUAUAAGUUAUGUGACAGCAAUUUUCAUAAUAAAUGUUUUCUAUUAAAAAAGAAAAAAACCAGACAGGAAGAGACAAAAAUUUGAGUAAGAAAAUAUAAAGAUAACUAUAAUAGUACAUUUUUACGUAAACAAUGCAAGUAAAUUAUUGCAUAAAUCUGUCUGUGAUAA